AUACGACAAACGUUAGUGAGAUUUUCUGAAUUACAUCACCAGUUGCAUCUAAUCACCAAUAAACAACAAGACAUUGUUUUUAAGGAUAAAAUCAGAAAUUUGGACAUGAUUUGAUUAAAUUAUUAAUCACCCACUGUAAAACAUUGGGCAACAAUUUUUAAACAAAAAUGUUGACCAUCUUUUGAAUAUUGUCUGAGUUUCAUUUGUUUUUUGUGUGGUGACAUUUUACAGCUCAGAAUUUGAUUGGCCUAUGAUUAUUGUUUUUAGGGUAUUGACUGUUCAAAAACGUUUAAACAUAAUUACUUGGAUUGACUUUUGCUUUUAAGUCAAUAUAGAGUAAGGAAAACAAAUAAAAUAUAAUAUACAGAUUAAAUAUGAACUUAAUAAUAAUGGUCACAUACUCUUUUUAUUUCUUUUUCCCUGAGUGUCCCGCGUCAUCUGUUACCAGGCAGACUCCGCCCUCCCGUCCGGUAGCAGCCGCUCGCGAGCGACGAGGAGGAGAAACGGGAGUAAACAGGAACACACGAACACGGGGCGGGCGGUUCUCCACGGACCUACUCGAUGAACUGGGCCGGAGGAGGAGGAGGAGAAGAAGAAGAAGAAGAAGAAGAAGAAGAAGAAGAAGAAGAAUUCCUCCAGCUCCAGCGGCCGAGGUUCACUCACUGCGAAGGCCGGGACAGGACGUCUGACCGCCGGGGAGAGGAAGCACGAAGAGUCCGGGAGGAACGUGGAUGGUUGUUUUGACCGAAGACCCUCAGAGAGAGAGAAGAAGAGGAAGAAGAGGAGGAAGAGGAGGAGAGAGACGGAUGGAAAGAUGGAGACUCCAGUGUGAACAUCUCGCUCGGUGAAGUUAAAAAAGCUCGGCUCGGCCAGUUGAAGCUAAGCUCGGAAAAGUUCCGUGACCAUGGCAGAGCUGCCCUUUAGUUUAUCGGCCAACAGGCGCCUGAUCGCCGGGCUGCUGGUCAACCUGCUGUCGUCCAUCUGCAUCGUCUUCAUCAACAAGUGGAUCUACGUCCACUACGGCUUCCCCAACAUGACCCUGACCCUGGUGCACUUCGUGGUCACCUGGCUGGGACUCUUCGUCUGCAACAAGAUGGACGUCUUCUCUCCGAAGAGCCUCCCCGUCCGCCGGAUCGUGUGGCUGGCGCUGAGCUUCUGCGGCUUCGUGGCCUUCACCAACCUCUCCCUGCAGAACAACUCCAUCGGAACGUACCAGCUGGCCAAAGCCAUGACCACCCCCGUCAUCAUCCUCAUCCAGACCACCUACUACAAGAAGACCUUCUCCACCAAGAUUAAACUGACACUGGUGCCCAUCACACUGGGGGUGAUAUUGAACUCGUACUACGACGUGCGGUUCAAUCUGCUUGGGACCGUGUUUGCGUCGCUGGGCGUUCUGGUGACGUCGCUUUACCAAGUGUGGGUCGGGGCUAAACAACACGAGCUGCAGGUGAACUCCAUGCAGCUUCUGUACUAUCAGGCUCCUCUGUCAUCAGGCUUCCUGCUCUGUGUCGUUCCUUGGUUCGAGCCAAUGACCGGAGACGGAGGAAUAUUUGGACCCUGGUCUCUGCCGGCUCUGAUGACCGUGAUGUUCUCAGGCGUGGUGGCGUUCCUGGUCAACCUGUCCAUCUACUGGAUCAUUGGAAAUACCUCAGCUGUGACCUACAACAUGUUUGGUCAUUUUAAAUUCUGCAUCACCUUGGUUGGAGGAUACCUGCUCUUCCAUGACCCGCUGUCAAUCAACCAGGCAUUCGGGAUCCUCUGUACGCUGGCAGGUAUCCUGUCGUACACUCACUUCAAGCUGGCUGAACAGGAGGAGGGGAAGAGCCGCCUUGCUCAAAGGCCGUAGGGCGACUUUACCUGUCAAUCAACUGCACGGACUCCUGCCUCUGGCUGCCCACGGGCCACUUUUUUAUACAUAUCUAUUUUAUAAUGAGUAUUUUUUCAGGAGAGUAAAGAAUUUUAUGGCUGUUGCCAGGCAGAAGUAAAAGUGUACGACAUGCCGACCCUGUGCUUCUCUGGUGACGUGUACGAUUUUAAGGGAAAACUGAAGCUCAUAACUUUUUCAUCUGCUGAUAUGAAAAUGAAGAGUUGUGUUAUUUUUUUAUUUAAUUUAAAAUCUAGACAAGUCUGACAAUUUCAUCUGAAGUGGAUGAAAGAAAAUCUUUUACACGGACAGAUGCAGGAAGUUGCGUUCAGAUUCAUUUCUUCCCAGAAUACAUGCUGCUCAUUGUGGCGAGCUGUUGACAGAUUUUAACACAGGGUGGGAAGAGUUAAUGGACUGUGAAAGAUCCGUUGAGCAAGGCAUCAAACAAUCAUCUGCUCCUGGAGGCUCCCGCCGCUGCCAUGAAAAAAUAAAUGCAACAAUAGUAAAGAUAUUUAGUCAAGUUAAGUUUAGAAUUUAGUUUUUCCUGCUUUUUUAAAAUUCAUCCAGCAGAAGAUUUUCUUCUGUUGGUCCACAAAUUUUUUUUGAAAAUGUUGGUGUGACUGAGCCUUGAAACUGAGCAGAUUUAAUAGUUUAAUCUUAUUUUAAACUGACUGUUUAUGUUCCACUGCCUUUGUGUUUCUAGAUAUUUUUUUUUUUACUACUCAUUCAGUGUUAGUUUAAUUUAUUUUUUUCCUUAAUUUUUUUCUAAAAGUUUUUCGAAAGAACCUUAACUUUUGAAUUUUGAAUGACUGAUGACUUCACGUCUUGUGAAAACAUUUCAGAUGCGUAUCUCCCACCCGGGGUCAUAGGUGGUGUGGAGGUCAAAGUUUGACACGGUGAUUAAUAAUCUGUUGUUUUUAAUUCAAGUAUUUUGCUCCGACUGUGAGGUUUCACGACAAAGUGUCUUUGAAUCGACUCGACAGCGUCUCUGUCUGUGAUCCUACUGCAGCCUCGCCGUGUAAAGUCUUGACUGUCUCACGACAGAUUCACUGUUUUUAAUUUCACUUCACUGUGUCCAACACGUUCAGUCCGCUGAAUAAAACUGACUUAUGUGAUUUAA